UAACAGUUCGUAUAUAUUUAUCGUAACCGUGUAAUUGUCUGUAUAAAAUAAUAUACGAUCAAAAGUUUGUUAUUUUGGGUGACCAGAGGUCAUAAUAGUAAAGUUUAUUGGGCUCGAUAAUAAGCUUUUGCCGAAAUGGAUAAGUUUGUGAAACAGUGGCGCAAGGCAACUGAAACAGCUACAGAUCCACAUACGUCUUCGGAAGUCAUCGCCGAAACCAACAAUCCUCCGUCGAAAAUUUCACCAAGCGCUUCCAUCGAUAGCGUUGCCAUGAUUCAAAAUAAUGACGUUUUGGAGAUGCAUUCGAACGAGAAAACUUCACGUACUGAAGUUUCUGCGUCUUCAUCUUCUGGGAGAAAAUUUCUCUCUCGAUGGACCACUACAUUUCCGUGGCUACAAUAUAGUGAGCGCUUGGAAAAGGCUUUUUGUUCGAUAUGUUCAAAAUGCUACAAAGAUUUGAAAGUGAAACUCCCAACUGCAGGCGUAACAGAUCAAAAUGCCUACACUGCCUUCGUUACAGAAGGAUUUUCAAAUUGGAAAAAAGCGACUGAGCGCUUUAAAUCUCAUGAACAAUCAAGUGUACAUCGACACGCUUGCUCUUCAGUCGAGUUCCAUCAAACGAAAAACGUUUCCGUUAUGAUGUCUAAGCAGAUGACACAGGCCAGGAUCGAUGCUAGAUUUUGUCUGGAUAAAAUUUUCGACACAAUCAAAUUUUUAGCUAUGCAAGGUCUUCCAUUAAGAGGACACUCAGAAAUUUAUUCGAAUUUCAUUCAGCUACUACAUCUACGUGCAACUGAUUGUCCAAAGUUGAAAUUCUGGUUGGAUAGUUCAAAGAAAUACAAAUGGACUAGCCACGACAUCAUAAAUGAAAUGUUGGCAUUAAUGUCACAGCAUGUUCAGCGACAGAUAUUGUCAGAAAUAUCGAAACAACCUUUUUACGCAAUUAUGUCGGAUGAAACAACCGAUAUUUCCCGAAAGGAACAGAUGUCGGUGAAUUUUCGUCACGUAGAUGAAUCUUUAAGAAUUCACGAAACAUUCCUUGGCUUUUACGACACUCCUUCAACGGAUUCUGAGACGUUGUUUACUGUUAUGAAGGACGUAUUAUUGCGAUUUGAGUUGCCAGUAAAUAAGUGCCGAGGACAAUGCUAUGAUGGAGCAAGUAGUGUCAGUUGUCAGUGGAUCAAUAACAGGAUUACAGACUCGUUUCAGGGAGCUCGAACCAAGAGCAUGGUAUACACAUUGUGCUGGCCACAAUUUCAGUCUGGUGUCACAGGAUGCAAUGAGCCUAAUCCCAGAAAUAGCAGACUUUCUAUCAGUUAUGAGAGAAUUAGUAACGUUCAUUAGAGCAUCGGCUAAGAGAUUAAACAUUUUCAAAGAUAUCCAGGUCAAUUUCGGCAAUGAAGAUGACGAGGACGAGGAUGAUGAUUCUGUUGAAACCGUUAAGGUUACACAAACGAAGACCUCAUUAAAGUCGUUUUGCCCUACGAGAUGGUGUGCGCGAGUUAACUCGCUCAGAUCAAUCAAGCAAAACUACCAGGUUAUCUUGGAGUUUUGUGAACGCGUAGGACUGGAAUCUGGUGAUAGUGGUAUCAAAGCAAGGGGCUUUUCGAAAUAUCUCAGUCAAUUUGAAUGUCUGAUUCUCUUGAAUAUUUCAAUAACGGCAUUGGAGCGAGUAGAAGCCUUGAAUGAAACUAUACAAGCAACAUCUAUCAAUUUCAAAAGCAUCUUACGACGUGUGGAAAUUCUAAGGUCCAGCUUGAAUUCAGUUGAGAAAUUUGGUGAAAUCUACAACGAAUCGGAAAUUCUCGCGCAAACAUGUGGCAUGGAUCCUCCAGUUCUUCCACGAAGACGCGUUCCACCAAAACGACUCGACUCAAAUACAUCAACUGCCUACUUUCCCGAUACACCGAAUGACAAAUACAGGAGGAUAUACUAUGCUGUCAUAGACCAAAUCUUAACCAGUCUUGCUACACGUUUCGACUCCGAAACGUAUGAAAAAUUGUCAAAGAUGGAAGAUUUUGCUAAAAAUGAUUGUGAGCUCGACGACAUCCGAAACUAUUUGUUUCAUAAUGCAGAAUGUGAUUUUGAUAUAGACCGUCUUUGUUUACACCGCCGAAUGUUUUUUGAUAUCGAUUUAGUUAAAAAGAAAGAGUUUAAAAACUUGUCUGAUAUCCACAUUUUCUUACAAAAUCAUGUGGCUAUCCGCGAAUUUUGUUCAGAGUACACGAAAUUUAUCCGUUUACUUUUAACUUAUCCACAAACCGUUUGUAUUGCGGAAAGAUCGUUUUCAACAUUAAAACGUUUAAAAAACUUUUUGCGUGCAAAUUUAGGACAGAAGAAGUUAGAUGAUUUGGCAAUUUUACAUAUUCAUCGAGACAUAGCAGCAAAAAUUGAUAUGGACCUGAUAAUCGAUAAGUUUAUUAGUUGUGAAGGAACUACUAGAAGCAAUGUUUUUGCC